AUGGGUUUCGGUGAAGCAUUUCUCAGAUUAGCUGAGGCUUCCAAUGAUGAUGAACUUAAAUUUGUUUAAAACUUCGCUGAUGCUUUUGUCUACAUAUACAGAAUGAGUCUUGGUGAUAAUAGCACAGAUGCCUAUGAGAUGAGUGUUUAGUCUACUUAUAUUUGGAUUUUAUUUGUCUUUGCUGGCAUUCUCAUGUCAAUCGUCUUGCUUAAUCUACUAAUUGCCAUCAUUUCUUUGUCAUUUGAAAGAAUAAAUGAAAAGGCUGACUUAGCAGCAUUCUAAGAACGUGCUAGGAUCAUAUUUGAAAAUCAAUACUUAAUUCCUAACUAUGUGAAAAGAAGUUUGGAUGAUAAAAACAAGUUUUUAGGCAUAAUAAUUGAUGCAACUGCAAUUAAAGAUUAAUAAGAAGAUUAGACUAGCUUAAAAUUGAAUCAAUUAGAAAUCAUGAUAAAGGAUUAAUAUGAUACUAGCAAAAAUGAUUUUUUAAGAUUGAGUCAAUAGUAAGAUGAAAUCAAGAAAUAAUUGAGUAUUUAGCAAGAAUUACUCUAAAAAAUACUCAAAGCUUAGAAAAUAAAUUGA